AUGAAGAAUUGGUGGGUGAAGCAGCCUGCAUUGCCAUGUCCGCCGAUCGUUAGGGGGGGCCUGGCCCCUGCUCGCCCCCCCUUGGCUCCGCCACUGGCGUUCUCCCGCGUCCGGAUCAACCCCGCCUGCGUCGCCAAGCCCACCGACGCCGCCAAGAAGCCGAAGCGGCCUGCAGGAUCGCUCGACCACGGGGAACCUCCGGCGAAGAGCGUGCGUUGUGCUUCCGGCGAGGUCGCGUCCGCUGCCGCUGCCGCCGCCAGGAACAAGAAGCGCCCGGGUCCCAGUCCAGUCAGCGGCGUCGAAGCCCUCCGCGUGACCAAGAACCAGACCAGCGCCUCGCCGACUCAGCCUCCCGAGCUCACGGCGCCACCCAAGCCACCAGCUUCCAGCGUACGCGAGAAUGCUCGCCUUGCCGAGAACCAGACCAGCGCCUCGUCGCUGAGGCCCCUGGCCUCCUGCAGCAUGCGCGAGCUCCUCGAGAAGGCCCGUCUCGCCAAGGCUCGUAUUGCCGCUGAGGAUGCCGAGGCCGAGGCCGAGGCCAUCCACAGGCGCGAGAUCGAGCGGCGGAGGGCUGAGGCCCGCCGGGAGCGGGAGCAGAUGGUUCCGACGGUGGAGUUCAACGACCCUUUCAUUGAUUUCCGGGACGUGUUCAAGUGAGGCCAUGGAUCCACUCGGAGCAGAGGAUCGAUCCAAGAAGUGAAGUUAGGCAUGAUCAAUUAGUCUGACCAUACUGUCCAUACAGAUACAUUUGAUCGAUGAUGUCCUUUUCGUUCUUGCGGGGUGUCUUCAGUCCACGUUUCCGCGGCUACAACAGUCAACAGUAGUCAAUUGAAGGACACGACGGCGCAGCGAGUUUUCUUACUGAACAGAGUGGAUUUUAUUUUGGAGG